AUGGGGGCAUAUAUAAAGACAAUUCUGGUUGCAGUUGUAGUUGCGUGCAUGUCGUAUAUCUACAAACUCAAUAUAUUGGGGAAAACACUAGUCAGUCAAGUCAAGAACAUCACAAUGCCUGCAAGUGAACAUUUUACAAUAAAAAGGUCGCCGCAGCCAUUGCCAAUCUUCUUUCUCUCUCAUGGCGGUCCAACAUUCCAGGAUAAAGACGAUCCUCUUGGUGGGAACCUAGGUGCCUGGAAGACAACGAGGAAAAUCGGGGAGUACAUCAGGAACAAGGUGAAUCCCGAUUUUAUCAUUGUUGUUUCAGCUCACUGGCAGACCGAGAACCCAGACGAGAUAGAGGUGUCUACCCAUGGUGAAGGUGAAGCUUGGUAUACACAAAAUGGCAUUUCAUCGAGAAAAUUAAGGCCUGAUGAAAAUGCACUUGUGUAUGAUUUCUAUGGAUUCCCUAAGAGAUUCUACGAUUCUCAAUUCCACACACUUGCAAACAACUUCUUGGCAAAUGAUAUCGUCGAAUCCAUCAAUGACUCGGAUUGGCUACAGGCGAAAACUCAAGAGAGAGGCAUAGACCAUGGUGUCUUUGUUCCAUUCAAAGUCGCCUUUGGCGACCCCAAUAUUAUUGACUCCAAUAAACUCGACAUCGAUGUCCCUGUUAUUCAGGUCUCUCUUCCCGGAUCAGACGAUAUUGAAAUUAGCUAUAGACUAGGUGAAGCCUUGGCUAAAUACAGAGACUUAAAUGCCGCUAUUAUUUUCUCCGGAAUGUCUGUACAUAACUUGCGUGAUUUCAGAUUUGCACUCGGCGGUGACACCAAGGCACGUCCAUAUGCCAAACCUUUCAAUGACUUGCUUACAGAGAUUCUCACCUCUCCAGAUAAAUCCAAGGUUCUGGAAAAGUUGAAACAACUACCACGAAACCCGGAAUGGGCAUCUAUAUACAAGGGCGCCCAUCCAACUAAUGAACAUUUGCUUCCUGCUAUUGCUGCUGCAGGUGCAUCCAGAGGAGACAAAUGUAACCUUCUCUAUAGUGACGUUUCCGGAAGCUUGGGUUGGAACUUGUAUAGUUGGGGGGAUAUUUCAGAAUUCUAA